AUGGAUGAGAUUUUGGCAUAUAAGAAGCAUGACACGCUCCUAGAGAACAAGCUAGCUGCUCAAACACUUAUCAGAAGAGUAACACAGUACAACAUAAUGGAAGGCAAGUUGUACCGCCAGGGUCUAAAAUUUCCACAUCUAAAAUGCAUCACUACAGAAGUAGGCAAAGAUGUGUUGAACAUGAUUCAUGGUGGAGACGGGGGCAACCACUCAAGUCACCGCUCCCUAGCAAACAAGGCAAUCAAGUACGGAUACUUUUGUCCAACAAUGGCGGGGGAUGCAGAGGAAGUAGCUAAAGGCUGCUUCAAGUGCCGCCAGUUUGCCACAAUGACAAGAGCACCCGCAAAACUGUUAUCAAUCAUAGUAGGACCCUUGAUAGGAUCCAUGUGGGGAAUACACUUAGUGGGGUUGCUUUCGGUUGCCAAGAGUCAGUUCGGAUACAUCAUUGUGGGGAUCGACUACAACAGUAAGUGGAUAGAGGCUGUAUCGCUCAUUAAAAUCAACACACAUCAGUCAAGAAGUUCAUUUGGAAGAACAUCUGUUGCCGCUUUGGGGUCCCCAACACAAUCAUCACUGACAACGGGGCACAAUUCAACAAUGAGCAGCUCAUUAGUUGGACGGCGGAGAAAGAGCUUCAGAUCAGGUUUGCCUCAGUGGCACAUUCCCUGUCAAACACCAAGUGGAAGCCGCCAACAAGAAAAUCAAGAUACUGCUUAA